CACCGCAGGAUGUCUGGCUUCGACGACCCCGGGGUUUACUACAGCGACAACUUCGGAGGAGGAGAGGCUCCCGGCGGGGACGAAGGCGGACAGAAGCGCGUCCAGAUCAAGAAGAGGUUCCGCGAGUUCCUGCGCCAGUUCCGAGUGGGAACCGACCGGACCGGCUUUACGUACAAAUACAGGGAUGAGCUGAAGCGGCACUACACCCUGGGGGAGUUCUGGGUGGAGGUGGAGAUGGAGGACCUCGCCAGCUUCGACGAAGAUUUGUCCGACUGCCUUUACAAGCUGCCCACCGAGAACCUGCCCCUGCUGGAGGAAGCUGCCAAGGAGGUAGCAGACGAGGUGACCCGUCCCCGGCCCGUUGGCGAGGAGACGGUGCAGGACAUCCAGGUCAUGCUGAAGAGCGACGCCCAUCACGCUUCCAUUCGCAGCCUUAAGUCGGAGCAGGUGUCCCGCCUGGUGAAGGUGCACGGCAUYGUCAUCUCGGCCACGGCCGUCAAGGCRAAGGCCACCAAGGUGUGCCUGCAGUGUCGCGGUUGCCGCGGCGUCCUGCCCAACAUCCCGCUGCCACCGGGCCUGCAGGGCUACGCUCUGCCACGCAAGUGCAACAGCGAGGCCAUGGAGCAGCAGACCAUCUCCAUCGCUAAGGCCGGCAUCACCACCACCCUGAACUCGCGCUGCUCGGUGCUCGCCGCCGCCAACUCCGUGUUCGGUCGCUGGGACGACACGAAGGGCGAGGACAACAUCGACUUCAUGCCGACCAUCUUGUCYCGCUUCGACAUGAUCUUCAUAAUCAAGGACCAGCACGACCAGCAGAGGGACAUGACUCUGGCUCGCCACGUCAUGAACGUCCACCUGAGCGCCCAGACGCAGACGGAAGGCGUGGAGGGCGAGAUUCCUCUGGCCACGUUCAAGAAGUACAUCGCCUACGCCAGAACUAAAUGCGGCCCUCGGCUGUCGGCGGCGGCUGCUGAGAAGCUGAAAAACCGAUACGUGGUGAUGAGGAGCGGCGCGAGGGACCACGAGAGGGAGUCGAGCAAGCGGCCCUCCAUCCCCAUCACCAUCAGGCAGCUGGAGGCCAUCAUCCGCAUCGCCGAGUCUCUGGCUAAGAUGAARCUGCAGGCCGUGGCAGGAGAAGAAGAAGUGGACGAGGCCCUGAGGCUCUUCCAGGUGUCCACGCUGGACGCGGCGCUGUCCGGCAGUCUCUCCGGAGUGGAGGGAUUCACCUCGCAGGAAGACCAGGAAAUGCUGUCCCGCGUCGAGAARCAGCUCAAGAGACGCUUCGCCAUCGGCUCCCAGGUGUCCGAGCACAGCAUCGUCCAGGACUUCACCAAGCAGGUCAGCUGGCGUUCAAAACGCACGCAUUAA